AUGUCAGAAGUAAUUCUUUGUGUCGGCAACACAUCCAAAGCCAUUAUGAGGAAGAAACAAGGGAAGGAUCUCCAACAAAAUCUAGGCCAGAUGUUCCAGAAGUUGCAAAACAAAGAGUAUUCGAGGGAGGAUGUGCUGCACACAGUUGCUGAAUUUGUGGUCUGUGAUGACCAGAGCCUUGUAGUGGCUGACAAACCUGCAUUUAAAAAUUGUUUGGUGGCAAUGCAGCCAAAUGCUAUACUGGUGGACAUGCCUUCAACUCAUGAUGUGUUGGCUUACAUCCACAACACAUUCAUUGAAUUCAUCAAGGGUCUCAAGGUCCAAAUGCAGUUCAAAUGA